UUACAAAAUCAUAAUCAUUGUGUAACAAUACUCAUAAUAAUAAUAAUAAUUAAUAAUCUGUAUUAAAUCCUAUCGGUAAAACUUGUUUGAUUAUUAAUUAGUUGAUUAUCAUUGAAAUUAGAUCUAGACAAGUGAAUAUAUCUAAUCAAAAUACAAUGUCUACUAGAAGGAAUCACCUUCUAGAAACUAAUGUUACUAAGGAGACUAAUAAUAAUCAUAGUAACUAUUUACAAAAUAAUGAAAUCGAAUUUGAAAUGUUUCAUUUAACAAAUAAUUUAUUGAUUAUUUUAUUAAGUGUAUUAUGUAUUAUUAUAAUAUUAUUAUUACUUAUUUAUAUUGUAUAUCGUCGAUUACGACAUCAUCAUCAUGAUUCACAAUAUUUCAAUAAUCCAUUCAAAAUUCAUAAGAAUAAGAAUAAUAAUGAUGAUGAAUAUGUUUGUUUUACAAAAUCAAAUCAAGUUCCAUUUAAUCGUUAUACACAAAUUCAAACACCAGAAUUAUCAUUGAAAUCAAUGAAUAUACCAUUGAAAUCAUUUCAUAAAUCUAAUGAUCCAUUCACUUAUUAUACAAGGGAUCACAAUGAUGAUCACAAUCAUGACGGUGAUGAUGAUGACGGUGAUGAUGAUGAUGUGAAUGAUGAUUUCUAUCGUGAAUUUAAUGAAUCUAAACCAAUUUAUAAUUAUACAGAACAUUAUCAAACUAGUUAUAUUAAAUCAAAUGUAAUACAAUCUACACAACAAUAUAUUGAAUCAGCUGAAUUAAAAAGAAGAAAAGAACAUUUCCAUAAAUCAACAAAUGAUCAGAAAAAGUCAGAAUCACGUUCAAUAGUUGAAAACAAUCGUAAAGGUAUUCGUCGUGUAAGUAGUACACCAAAUUUACCGAGACUCGUCGAUAAUCAAUCGAAUAAUGUCGAUAUAAAUCAUUUAUUGGGUUGUGAAGAAGUAGAAGAUAAUAAUGAUAACAAUGGUACAUCAAUUGAUGAUCAUGAAUUGUUCAAAGUGAACAAUGAAAAUGAGAACGACAUUGUGGAUUUCACAUUGACUGAUAGUAUCGAAGAUUCAACCGUAAAUGAUACAUUGGAAUCAUUAGAAAACUCAACUAAUCAUUUAUCAUUCAUACCGAUAAUACAUCCAAACUGGACAACUGAACGUGGUAUACCAGAAAGAGGUUAUAUUACGUUAGCUGUACGAAUUGAAGGUGAUCUGUCCAACAUUAAAAAACAUCCAUUUCUAUCUGUAUAUAUAUUUGAUGCACGUUGUAUUCUGAGUAGGAACGUAGAACCAAAAGCAGGGAAAUUUUAUGUGAAAGCACGUCUUCAAUUAGCUGGCCUAAACAAUUCUGUGUCAAUGUUAUCCUUAAGUCAAAUAUCUACAAAGUCAUUGAGAAUUUUUUCUGAUAAAAUGGAUAUAUUUACAACGAAUAGAAUGUCUUCUACAGUGCAUAGUGGUUGUACACCAGUGAGACGUGCUUAUCGUUCACCAAUUUUUCGGCAUAAAAUUAUCUUACCUUUACCAUUGAAUAUAAUUGAAGUAAUAAAUAAUCGAUCCACAUCACUUUUUCAAUCCAUGGAAUCAAUCUCAUCAAUAGGCUUAGAAGAUGAUACAAUACAAAAUUAUGAGCUUAAAAUAGAUUUGAAAGAACGUAAUGCAUGUAAAACAAAUGAUCUACAUGGUACUUCUACUGUUCAAUAUUUACCAUAUUGGAAAUCUUCACAAUUAAUUGGCAGUGUACAUAUUCCUAUAACAUCUAAAAUGUGGCAAUAUCUAAUGGAUGAUGUGAAUAAAUUACGUCGUUCUACAGUUGUGAAUGUGUCAACCUUUGAAGAUAUUAAAACAAAAGAGAAAUCAUUAGAACUAUUACCGAAUAAAUUAUUAUGGUUUAUUAGGUGUUUGAAAGUUCCAGAUGAAAAUGCCAAUUCACGAGGAGAAAUUACUUUUGGUAUGCAGUAUAAUCAAGAGAAUGGUAGUCUAACUAUUAGCCUAUUUAAUUGUGCUGCAAUGAAUUUGCCUAAACGAACAAAGAAUUUAUUUGUUCGUGCUUCAUUGUGUUCGAAUUGGAAAUUAUUUCGAACUGUUCAGUCUAGAACAACUGCUCGACUUACAGUGAAUUCAGCAGAGUUUAUAUUGGGAGAGAAAUUAAAUUUUAUCAUUGAAGAAGAUAUUAGUCGUGUAUGUAUAAUAUUGAGUGUAUUCGCACGAUCUGGAAGUAAACUACAAGAAGCUACUACACUUAUUGGUCGUUGUGUAACUGGACCAUCAGAUUUAGCAUGCGGUGAUGGACUUUCACAUUGGACAUCAGUCUGUUCUAAACAAGGAAUGAUUAGACGUACUCAUAUUCUAUCAUAA